CCCACAAUCCCUCUGUGCUGUCCACGUCCCCUCUGACGGAUGAUCAGUCCGGCUGUGAUGGCCGCGGUCGAGUUGGCACUUUAACCACCUGAAAAACACUGCGACCCUAAACAAACCCGCAUCACGAACUUGCCCGAGCAUAUGUGGAUAUAACCCGGCGACCAGCUCGACGUUUCUCGCUUGGAUUUAACGCGUUUAGUCCGGUGUUUUGUCUUUGUUUAUGUCAUGAAGUUUUGAACCAGCUGGAAUCCUGAUCCGCCGCUGAUAAAUGACUGUCACGUAUGUUAAAAACAAACCAACGUGAACGCUAUUUAUUAUACGUUAGCUUUAAUACAUGAGGAUCUGUGCUGCCAAUGGAUUAUAUGUGUUUCUGAAAGGCCCUGGUCGGUGAUUUAGGGUUAGAUCCGGUUUGUCAUGUCGUCCUGGCUGGGAGGGCUGGGCUCUGGCCUGGGUCAGAGUUUGGGUCAGGUCGGGGGAAGCUUGUCUUCAUUUACUGGACAGAUCUCUAAUUUUACCAAAGAUAUUCUGCUGGAAAGCGCCGAGGAAGUGGGAGAUGCUGCCUCUGAGCUGCAGGUGUCCAACUCUAGAUUGCAUGAACUGGAAUCUUCAUAUACUGCACAAAGAUCUGAGUACGAUCGCUUGCGAAGAAUAAACUCAGAGCUAGAGGAGAAGCUAGAAGCGGCUGAGAUUCAGGUCAAACAGCAGUCAGUGGAAUACAGAACACUCCUGCAGCAGAAAGAGGUGGAGAUCAGUCACCUCAAGGCCCGUCAGAGUGGUCUGCAGGAGGAGGUGCAGAAACUCCAACAGCGGACUCAGACUGCGAUCAACUCAUCCUCCCAUGAUGCAGCUGUGCUUCCUGUCACCACUGCUGCUACUACCACUACUUCGUCUUCCUUUCUGCACCAAUCCUCUGCUGUCCAUCAAGGCUUUCAUAGUGACGAGGUGGAUCUCAGUGAUGUCCUGUGGUCACAGCAGGAAAUUAACCGUCUUUCCAAUGAAGUGCAUCGUUUAGAGGCAGAUGUUUCUCAUUGGAGGAGGGUUGCUCAGGUGUCCAAGCUGCCAGGAGCUGAUGGAAACGGAGACCAGGGUGAAGUUUUGAAAAUGCAAAGAAUUAUCAAGGAGCUGAGAGACAAAAUGGCACGGGAGGUGGAUGAGCACCAGCACGAACUGGCAGCAUUGCAGGAUGCCCAGAGGCAGAAAAUGUCUGACAUCUCCAAAAGGCACAGACAGGAGCUGGCAGAGUAUGAGGAGAGAAUUGAAGAGCUUGAGGAGCAGCUUCAAAGUGGUGGUAAUGCUGUCCAAAAAUCAUCCACAAUGCAGGACUCCAUUAAACUUCAGGAGCUGGAAUCGACUAUACGUUCUUUACAGGAGGAGGCGGAGCUUCAGCGCAAACAGCACAGAGAGCUAUUGGCCACCUUAGAGGAGGCGGAGCAUCAUAAGACCAAGUUAGAGAGGGAGAAAGAGGAGGCAACAGCAGAAAAUGCAGAACUGUUGCAGAAUUACAGUCGGCUUCAGAAAUCUGUGAAUGAACUUCAGGCUCGGGUUCAGGAACAGGAGGGGAAGUCAAUGUUGAAAGCCCAGCAUGAUAAUGAAAUACAAGUCCUAAAAAAAGCCCUUGCAGGUGCGGAGAAAGAGGUUGCUAGACUGAAGAGUUUCAGUGAGAGUGGUCCUAUGGAAGAAGUAGAACAUGCUGACAUCCUGGAGCUUAACACCAUUAUUGAUACCCUCAGGAAAGAGAAGGAAGAGGUGGAAAAAGAGAAGCUUGUGUUACUUGAUAGAAUAGCCCUGGUUGAGGAGAGACACCGGUCUGGAGAGCCAGAGAGUGUUGGAGAGCUGUCACUGGAAGUUUCAGACCUAAAGAGCCAGCUUGACCAACGAGAGGAAGCUCUAAAGCAAGCACAUCUUGAUAUAGAGACACUUACUGCUGAACUGGAAGAACUGGACAAACAGAACCAGGAGGCCACACAGCAUGUUAUUGCAGUGAAGGACCAGCUGUCCCUGCAAAAAACCCAGACUGAGGCCGAAAAAGCUCGUCUUCAGUCAGACCUCAAUUCCUUACUUGACCAGAGACAGUCUCUUCAACUGGAACUGGAAGCCCAUGUAGAGAAACUAAGUCAAAGUGCCUUCUCCCUAAAUGAACUGCACAUGGCAAAGCAGCAGCUCGAAGCUACAGUAAAGGAGUUGAGGGAAAAGUUGUGCAAGUCCCAGGAUCUGGGCAAAGAGUUGCGGCAGGAGUCCUCUGAGCUCAAGAGAGCGCUUCAGCAGAGAGAGACAGAACUUACUGCACUUCAUGAGGAGUUAAGCCAUACAGGGGAGCAGAGGAAUGAGUUAGAAGUGCACAGGAAAAUACUUGAGGCACGGGAUAAAGACAUCCAUGACUUAAAAGCAGAGUUGGCAGAAGUGAAGGUCUCUUACGAGAGGGCCGUUUCAGAAGACUUUGAAUUGAAAAUUGAUAAUAGAAAGUUGACAGAAGAAAGGACUCGGACUUUAGAAAAGACGGACAGCUUGGAAAGGCAUAUCCAAGAAUGUCAAGCUUCUCUAAGCAGGAUGUCUCUCGAGAAAGACACCCGUAUUGAGGCCUUGAAAUUAGAAAAGAGCCAGCUAGAAUCUGAGCUAAGUCAGACUGAGAAGCGACUGUCAGAUCAGGCUAAACAAUAUCAACAAACUAUUGAUGAACUGACCAGAGCACGUUCCAUGGAUGCUUCUGCACUGCAGACCGAACAUGAGCGAAUGGUGAAACUCAAUCAAGAAAAGGAUCUCACAAUUUCAGAGCUUAGGCGUGAAAUAGAGCAGAUGAUCUCAGACCAAAAAGACACCAGCGAGAUGUUGGACAUAACAGUGGCUGGCCAAAAUCAACUCACUGAGCUUCUCCAGGAGAAGGAUGCUUUUGCAGAAACCCUAAAAACUCAAGCUGUGGAAACACAACAAGAGUUGGAGACCCGUAUCUUGAGAGCAAGUCAAGAGUGUGACUCUCUCAGAAAGUCAGUGGAAGAGAAAGACAAACAGCUUGGAGCCAUGAAGGAAGAAAACAGCCAUUUGAAAGAAGAGAUUGACCGUCUGAGGGACCAGCAGAGCAGACCACAGUUAAUGUCAGAGCCACGGACACUGGAUAUCAUCACAGAGCUUGAGAAUGAGGUCGCCCAGCUCAAAGCUGCCAGAGAUCAACUCAAAGAAGAGGUCCAAGCUCUGAGGAGACUUUCUGAAGAACAACAGACAACAGCCCUGCAGUCUCAACGCUCCCUUCAAAGUGAACUAGAGCAAGCACGGUCAAGAAACGAGCAAAGCGCACUCAAUUACGAAAGACUCAUCAGUGCUAAAGAUGAAGAGAUUGCCCGGCUUCAGUCAGAAGUAGAGGGCCUAAGCACACAAGGACGAAGUCAAAUACAGUCCGUGGAAAUUCUACAGGAAGAUAAGACCCAGUCUCUGAAUGGUGAAAACGGUAAUGAGAAACAUGACCUGUCAAAGGUGGAAAUUGAGAAACUUGUGAAAGGCAUCAAGGAGAAGGAGACUGAAAUUAACCAGCUCAAUGAAAAGAACCUCUGUCUAACCAAGCAGCUGGACCAACUUGUAGUAUCUCAAAAUGAGCUGGGAAAACUCUCACAGAUGGUGCGCCAGAAGGAUCUAGAAAUCCAAGCGCUUCAUGCUCGAGUGUCUGGAGGCCAUGGUCAAGAUGUGGUGUUCCUUCAGCAGCAGCUGCAGGCGUAUGCGGUGGAACGGGAACAGGUGCUGGCUGUACUCAAUGAGAAGACCAGAGAGAACAGUCAGCUGCGCUCAGACUACCAUCGCAUUAUGGACAUAGUUGCUGCCAAGGAGGCAGCCCUGUUAAAGCUUCAGCAAGAAAACCAGCGGCUCUCCACCAUGAGCGACCCUUCAGGGAGUCAAGAGAUGUUUCGAGAGACCAUUCAGAACCUCUCCCGCAUUAUCCGUGAGAAAGACAUCGAGAUCGAUGCCUUGACACAGAAAUGCCAGACCCUGGUUUCUGUCCUCCAAACAUCUGGCUGCAGUGAUCCUGUGAGUGGUGGCUCUGGAGGUGUUAGCAGCAACCAGUUUGAGGAGCUCCUACAGGAACGUGACACUCUCAAACAGCAAGUUAAAAAGAUGGAGGAGUGGAAGCAGCAGGUGAUCACGACCGUGAGGAACAUGCAGCAUGAAUCUGCACAGCUGCAUGAGGAGCUGCUCAAGCUGCAGGGGCAGGUUUCUGCCGACAGUGACUCAAGCUCGAAGCUAUCUGUGGAUUAUGCCAGGCUUAUUCAGAGCUAUGAGCAGAAAGAGAAAAAGCUUGGAUUGUUGAGUCAAGAGCUGGCACAGGUGCAGCAGACCAUCAGCCAGCUGACCAGUACCAAAGACGUUCUCCUCGGGAAGCUUGGCAGUGUCAAGCAAUCUCCAGAAUUGUCUGCCAUGGUUCCUAGCCAGGCUCUUGCCCCUUCAAACCUGAGGGGGGCAGCACCUUCAGCCCAAGAUGACCAUAUACAUCAGGAUAUGCAGGCAUUGCAGAGAACUUUAGCAGAGAAAGAGAGCAUGAUAAGAACUUUGCAGGAAAACAAUCAUCGCUUGUCAAAUUCUGCAUCUCUGUCUGAAAGUGAGCAGAGAAGCCAUGCAGAGGAGCUCAAGCAAGCUAGAGAGAAGCAAGAAUCUUUGCAGCGUUCCCUCAGAGAGAAAGAUCUACUCAUUAAGACUAAAGGGGACCAGCUCGGGCAGGUGAGUGAGACUUUACGCAACCGUGAGAACGACAAUGAAGUUUUGAAGCAGGCUGUGACAAACCUGAAGGAACGUGCGCUGAUCCUGGAGUUGGAUGUGAAGAAACUGAAGGAUGAGAAUGAAGCGAUUGCAUCCAAAGCUCGUGAGAAAGAGACAGAGUUUCGUGCUCUGCAGGAGACCAACAUGCAGGUGUCACUGUUGCUUCGGGAAAGAGAGUUUCAGUUCAGUGCUGUGAAUGAGAAGGCCACUGCCAUGGAGAAGAUGUUGAAAGAUAAAGAGCAGGGUAAAUCUGGUGAGCUGAACCAGUUGUUAAAUGAAGUUCGGUCCAUGCAGGAGAAGGCAGUGUUGUUUCAGCAAGAAAGAGAUCAAGUGAUGAUGGCCCUCAAACAGAAACAAAUGGAGACAUCUGCACUGCAGAGCGAGCUCCAGCAUACUCGCGAUAAAGAGCAGCGGCUGAAGCAGGAGGUGGAGAGAUUGCGCAAUCACCUGUUAGAGAUUGAGGAUUCAUACACACGGGAGGCUUUAUCAGCUCAGGACAGAGAGGCAGAGCUGAGACGCAGAGUAACGCUGCUGGACGAGCGGCUCACGUCGUCCUCUAAUGCCGUGGAGAGUGCAAGUCAACAGGCAAGCUUUCAGGUGGAGUCUCUUCAGGAGCAGCUGAACGGUGCUGUCAGACAGAGAGAUGAAGCUCUUAUUCAGCUCCGAGCUUCUCAAGAUCAGGUCAACCAGUAUGCAGUGUCACUCUCUAACCUGCAGAUGGUGCUAGAGCAGUUCCAACAAGAAGAAAAAGCCAUGUACUCAGCAGAACUGGAAAAACACAAGAGAGAGAAAAUGGAGUGGAGAAAUAAAGCAGAAAGUCUUGAAGAAAUUGCGGCUGCUCUUCGAAUAAACCUGGAUGAAGCGAACGCAGCUCUAGAAUCUGCCUCUCGCCUCACUGACCAGCUGGACCUCAAAGAUGAGCAGAUAGAAGACCUGAACAAACAAGUGGAAGUGAGACAGGAGAUGUUGGAAGAGGCUCAGAGGAAACUCAUGAACCUCCUGAACACCACUGAAGGCAAAGUGGAUAAGGUUUUGAUGAAGAAUCUUUACCUGGGCUACUUCCACACCCCCCAAAAUAAGCGUGGCGAGGUGCUGAGGCUUAUGGGUAAUGUGCUUGGCUUGGACCGAGAUGAGGUGGGCCAGUUGUUAAAGGAAGAGGUCAAGAGUGGGAUGACUGGAUGGGUCUCGAGUUGGCUGGGUGGCAGAGCUGUUCAGAGUGUACCAAACACCCCUCAAAGGCCAACGCAAGCACAGAGCCUCAACUCGUCUUUCUCUGAGAUGUUCGUGAAGUUCCUGGAGGUAGAGUCUUCCCCUGCACUUCCUGCCCCAAAACUUCCUAUGUAUGACAUCAAGCCCCUGAGUGCGCCCCCUCCUGGCCGGAGUACCGCUAACACACCUGCAUCAGGUGUUUCAGGCCCAGGUAAGCGCAGCGGGGAUUCAAACCCCUUCCUUGCGCCCCGCUCUGCAGCCGUACCUCUCCUCAAUCCCACAGGCGCAGGCAGCACAGCUGGUGCGGGGGGGCACCUGCUAAUGAAGCCCAUCUCGGACGCCCUGCCCACCUUCACACCCGUACCUGUGUCUGCUGAGGCCAGCGGUGGAGCUGUGCUGAAAGAUUUACUCAAGCAGUGAUUAUCCAGCGGUACUGCCACUCAAAGCACUUUAGCUUAUCAGGACACUAACUGAUUCAGAUACUUCCAAUGGCAAUCAGCCAUUUUAGGAAUUAAAAAAGAUAAAGCAUCUUCUAAGAGGCUGCUGUGCUUGUGAAAUUUGAGGCCUAAGUUUGACAGAAUUUAAUUGACUGAGGGAAGAUUACAUUAUCCAAUACUGUUGCGACCUUCUACCAACAUUUAUUUAAUGUUGUGCAAACAUUCAGCUAGGUGUUUUUAAGACAAAAGGAGGUGUUUCAUGUUUUUCUAGUGUGCUCAGAGACUGUCUGAUGCUGUCUGGAAUCCACUACACAGCGGAUUCAUUAAAGCCUUUCCACUUCUGCAAAAACGCUACAGAUACGUUUUGAAAAUCCUCCAGUAUGAACGGUUGGCCGUACGGUGUGGCAGGUGCAAUGACGGUUAAUCAAAAAUUGACAUUGGAUCUUGGGUUUAGACUGCUGCACAUGCGGAACAAGUGUGCGUCGACACUAUUUAUUUGUAUAUCAGUCAUUUUUUCACUGUUUAUGCAGUGGAGAGGAGCUAAAAUGCAUCUGCAAUAUUCAGACCUUGCUAUAAGGUUGAAAGAAAUAUUAUGUACAUACAAUUUGGAAAAUAUUGCACACGCAUAAGAAGUCUGAGAAGAAAUGAAAGAGUAAGAAUGACCUGUAAAAAAUCUGUAUUCGUUUAUAUUAUCAGAGGACUUCUGAUUCAAUGGGUUUCAACCAAAAAUGCCAUCUUCUUAAGGCCUAAUAUGAAGAAUUUUCUUUUUUAGUGUUUUUCCUUUUCUUUUUUUUAGAGAGAGACAGAAAAAAUGGCCUUAGUAAUUCUCUCUUUGGUUACUCUACCUUUCAAAACAGCUGGGUGCACUUGAUUUAUAUAGAUUUAGGGUACAUUUAUACAGUUAGGGUAUAUAUUUUGCGCUGGUGUUUAUUUAAAGUUGAUAAAUCUUUUUGAAAGACUGCUCAUGAAAGUGAUACUCAACAACAGUGUUUCUCUUUUCAUCAGAAUAAACUCUUCUCUACGUA